AUGCCCGACGUUUCUCCUCCAAGGAAACGUGGUCCUGAACCGAGCGCUUUGAAAAAACGGCAUAGCUCGAGAUCUCCACAGCAUGAAAUGUCAUCACGGAAGGAACGGCGCCGUAGUGCUGAUAGAUCGCCUCCCAGAAAAUACAAUGACUCACAAGCCCACUCCAUGAGAAGGAGACGUGAUUCCGAUCAGUCACCGCCAAGGCAACAUGAUCGAUCAUCGCGAAGAAGGCGGGAUUCCAGCUCUGACGUUUCACCUCCUCGUAAAACAAAGACUUCUGCUAAGAAUGUUUCGGUCAAAGUUGAAGUGGACUCCGAUCAGUCGCCGCCAAGAAGGGAGAAACGUGCUCGGAAACGGAAUGACUCUGAUUCCGACCAGUCACCGCCUCGCAAACGUGGUAAGUUCACUAAUCUCAUCGUUUUCUUUAAAACACUUCUCCUUCAGCUCUAG